AUGGUCUUAGUCGACUACUCCGAUUCAAGCUCUGAGAGCGACAACCAAGAGCCGGCCGAUAAGAAGAAGACCAACCAGCAAGCCAGACGGAAGCGCAAGGCUGACCACAUUGACGAUGAACCAGUCCACACCGCCAAACCUCCACCACCUUUACCGGCCUCAUUCCAUUCGCUGUAUGCUACAAAUGCGAGAACUUCCACGACGGAUGACCCUUCCCUGCAUGCUGGUCGGACGCGUCAAGUGCCCCAUGUGGUAGGUAACUGGCCGACGCACAUCUAUCUCGAAUGGUAUCCACCACAAUCAGAGCUCGCUCUUCUCGACACAUUGAUACGGAAAUCAAGCCGGGCAACCACGACGGCCAAGGAAACUUCAAAGGUCCACAUUCACGGAUUUCUACGUUCAGAUCUCGGAGCACAAUUGCCAUUGCAUACUAGUCUAUCUGCUCCCCUUAUUUUGAAGACUGAACAGAAGGAGUCGUUCCAGGCCAGCAUACAGGCUGGAUUGGAAAGUAGCCACAUAAAGCCGUUCACAGUCAGGCCCACAAGACUCGACUGGGUCGCGAACUACGAUAGGAGUCGCUUCUUCUUGGUGCUGAGAUUGAGUAAGCCCGAGGAUGACGAGUUGAACAAAUUACUGUCGAUUUGCAAUGCCACCGCAGUGCGAUUCGGCUUGUCUCAGCUUUAUGACGAUAUAGCCGAGACUGGUCCAGGCGGAUUGGUCCAGCCCAGGAGUAAGACGCCUGUGUCAGUGACCGACAACUCCGAUGCUUUUCAUAUCAGCAUCGCAUGGACACUGCAAAAUCCCGAAGAUCGGGCGCGCAAGCUCGUUGGUUUGGUGGAUGACCAGCUGCAUGGUCUCAAGGUGAGCUUCUCACUUCUUAAGAUCAAGAUGGGCAAUACUGUGGUUGAUCUUCCCUUUGGCCAAAAUCGCGAGGCGGGCAAGUGA